CUCGCUCGUACCCAUAACUCAGUGUCCGAGUCCGACACGACAAAUCGAAACUCAUCAACUCUACACAAACACAAACACAAACCUACCUACGAUCUUCGAUUCUUUCACCAAAACCUCAAUCAAUCAUUCAUUGUUCCUCUAUUCUUUUCCAUUCCUCAAUUCUCUUUCAAUUUCUCUCAAAAACUCACUUUCUCUGCUUUUUCCCUUCGAUCUCUCUCUCUCUCUCUCUACUUCUCUUGUUCCUUUCAAAUCUGGCUAUGGAUUACGAACCCUACGAUAGUAGCGGAACCGAUGACGAUCUUCCACCAACACAUCAAAAUAGAAUUCCUAGAGGGGCACGUCUUGCUGGGAAUGGAAGAUCAGCAGUAGGUUCAAUGUCAUACCCCAGGAUGUAUGGUGAAAUUGACAUGGAAGCUCAAAUUCACCAACUUGAGCAGGAAGCGUAUAGUUCAGUUUUACGAGCCUUUAAAGCUCAAGCUGAUGCCAUUACAUGGGAGAAGGAAAGCUUGAUUACAGAACUGAGAAAAGAACUAAGAUUAUCAAAUGAGGAACACAGGGAACUACUAGGCCGUGUUAAUGCAGAUGAUGUCAUACGAAGGAUAAGGGAGUGGAGACAGACAGGAGGCCAUCAGCCUGGUAUGCUGAGUUCUGGACAAGUUAUUCAUGAUUCGGUUCCAAGUCCAACAGUCUCGGCAUCUCGUAAGAAGCAGAAGGUAACAACAUCUGUACCAUCACAAUCUUUUGGUGGGCCUUCUCCUUCAUUUCAUCCCCAACCAGUGGCUGCACCCCACCAGCCAUCUUCUUCUGUUGGAAAACGUGGACCUGUUCCGGGAUCUAAGGGAAAGAAGCAGAAACCAGGCCAAGCAUUACCAGGAGUAUCUUCAAUAAAGCAAUACCCUUCAUCAGGACCAGGGGGAAGGAAUCAAGUACCUAAUAGAGUUACUUCUGGUACGGUCGCAGCUGAGCUUGCUGAGGGAGCAUCACUUGAGUCACUCAUUGGUAGGAGAGUACGAACAAGAUGGCCUGAUGACAAUAACUUCUAUGAAGCGGUUAUCGCCGCCUACAAUCCAGUAGAUCGUCUACACAAUCUGGUUUAUGACAUGGGGAGUGCAAAUGAAUCAUUGGAAUGGGUUAAUCUGUCAGAGAUCUCUCCGGAAGAUAUUCAGUGGGUAAAGGAGGAUCCCGGAACCAACCAUCGUUUUGGCGGAUCUGGUCAUGGGAUUAAUAGGUCUGUAGGUCGUGAUAGUGUUCCAGGAGCUGGAAGAGGUAGGGGAGGUACAAAGGGUCAAUCCAAAAAAGAUUUUUUGCCAUCACAGAACGGAGCCAGAAAAAAGGCUCCUGAUGAUAUACAAAUACUUCACACAGACACGCUAGUUAAAGAGGUGGAAAGGGUGUUCAGUGCAAAUCAUCCUGAUGUACAUGAAAUUGAGAAAGCCAAGAAAAUAUUGAAGGAUCACGAGCAAGCUCUUAUUGAUGCAAUUGCAAGACUUGCAGAUCUUUCUGAUGGCGAUAGUGAUGAGGGUGGUCACCAUUUCUCGCAUGCUAAAUCAACGGAUCGAGAAUGAUGGAACACCAACAAUGUACAAUGGGAAAAAGAAGCAUUUACGGUAGCAAAAGUCAUGGGAAAGCUUAGAUUUUCUCUUGUAUUUUGUCAUAAAAGAUAACUGACAGGUGAUAGCUAUGGAGUUUGUGUCUUGUGCAUUAGUCAUUCAAGUAGGAAUGGACAAUUAUGUAAUUUGGUAAUAAUUAUUUAUUGAGGGUAAGAUUUGACCUAGGAUCAGCCGAUGCUUGUAUAAAAAUUAUGAUGAUAGUGAAUACAUUCCUAUAUUUGUUGUAUCAAAUUAAGAGUCGACUAGAACAUGAAUUGACAUGUUCAGUUUAACCAUACAUGGCGAGAAGGAAACAGAUCAGCUGAUUGGUUAGCUAA